AUGGCCUUCCGCGCCAUUUUCAUCUUCGUCUACAAGCUCCCCGGUCAGUGUACGAAUUUGGCUCUUGAGCGUGGCGAAAACAGCAACAUCCAAUGGUUGCAAAAGGUGCGCGCCAUUGGGAGGCAGAAAGACAAGCUUGACACUCUGCUGUAUUGCCGUGUCAACCACCUUAGCAGAAUAAUAAUAUGCGCAGCCAUCCAGGAUCAGCACGAGCGGACAUUCAACUGUUCUAGCAAAAAACGUAGCCAUUCCUCGAACAGACCACCGUUCAUGAAGCCCGAGGAUUAUUGA